ACUGUUGCAAAUUGUCAAUGUCAGAUGUUUAUAUAUUUACAAGAUAUUUACAAACCUAUAAAAUUUCUGAAAUUUGUCAAUUUUAUGCCAACUAUUUUAUUAUAUCCUCUUCAAUAUCAUUACAUUUUUAAUUUGUUAUACUUAUAUUACAUUUAACGCUAUUUGUGUAAUAUGCUUCGCAGCUGUAUAUUGAGGUGUUUACGGAACUCGCAUGAUCCAAUAAAGUUGGGUCACAACGAAGAGAUUUUAGUAGGUCGUAGUAAAACUACAAAAAUUAAGGAUCAGAGUUGCUCCCGUCAACAAAUUUGGCUUAAAGCAGACUGUUCAAACUGUUUAGUUGAAAUUAAACAACUUGGAGUUAACCCUUCUGGCUUAGAUGGAUUUGCAUUAAAAAGGAAUGAGAGUUAUAGAGUUGGUCAUGGAUCUAGAUUGGAAAUAUUGUUGAACAAUUAUAUUCAUAUUAUUGAGUUUGAUCCACCACCUGAAGAUUAUGUUGAAACAAAAGUACCUCGUAAAAGGAAACUUGAACAAGAAGACAGCACUCAGUCCAAUAAACAAUUGAAAGUUGAUUUAAGAGAAGCUAUGGAUGAUUCAUGGGAUGAAAUAGACAAAGGUGAACUAUAUAUAUUUACAUCUAAAGGACUAAAAUCCAGUACAAAAAUUGCUGCUUUUGAUAUGGAUGGUACUAUAAUCAAACCAAAGUCUGGAAAAGUACACCCUGUUGAUACGGGUGAUUGGCAAAUAGCAUUCCCACCUGUAUCACAAAAAUUAAAGGAAAAGCAUAUGGAGGGAUUUAAAAUUGUAAUAUUGAGCAAUCAAGCUCCUAUCGGUAAUGGGAGGGUACGAAUACAGGAUUUCAAGAAGAAAAUUGAAAAUAUAGUUAAGAAAUUGGCUGUUCCAAUACAGGUUUAUCUAGCAACUGGCAAAGGAAUUUAUAGGAAACCUUUGACUGGGAUGUGGAAAUUUUUAACAGAGAAGAAAAAUGAUGGGCUUACAGUAGACAUGUUGCACAGUUUCUAUUGUGGAGAUGCAGCUGGUAGGGCGGCAAACUGGGCACCAGGCAAAAAGAAAGAUCAUUCAAUGGCAGACAAAUUGAUGGCAGUCAAUAUUGGUCUAAGUUUUUUUACUCCAGAGCAGUUUUUCUUAGGGCAUUCCAUAACUAAUGUGCCUAUGCUAAAACCUGAAUUUAGUCCUAGAGACCUUUUACCAAACCCAUUUGAUGAAAGACUUAUAAGCAAGGAAAAAGAGAUACUUGUAUUAGUAGGUUAUCCUGGCAGUGGCAAAUCAUUCUUAUCAAAACAAAUUGAAAAGAAGUCUGGUCAUCGGUAUGUAGCUGUUUGUCGUGAUGUCAUUGGCACAUGGCAGAAGUGCGCUGCUGAAGCUAAGUUGCUAUUACAAAGUGGAAAAAGUGUUAUAGUGGACAGUACAAAUCCAGACGUGGAGUCGCGCGCUCGUUGGGUUUCACUAUCCAAAGAGAUGAAGGUGGAGUGUAGGUGUGCAAAAAUGGCGGUGACAAAGACGCACGCGCAACAUAAUAAUAAAUUCAGGGAGCUCAUGCGAAUCAACCAUGUUCCUGUCAAUGAUAUUGUGUUUCAUACUUACAAAAACAAAUACACGGAUCCAACGCCAAGUGAAGGUUUUAAAGAAGUUAUUGAGGUUCAAUUCAGUUCAGACUUUGAGGAUAAAACUGCCGAAGACUUGUAUAAAAUGUAUUUAUUAGAAAAGUGAGUUUGACAAUGGGUUGAAAUAAAACAAUAUUUUAUAAA